AUGUCGGAGAACAUCCCAGAGUCCAUUCCGACAUCAGUGUCGAAUCGCUCGCAGCGUCCGACCAAGAAACGCGCUCUGACGCCAGCGACACAGCAAUCGGCGCAAGUUGAAGCUCUUUUCGCCAAUCCUGAUCGCGCUGAAGUUGGCCUUGCACUCGGACCGAAAGCACGAUCCCUACUUGCACCCCCAGAAGUGGUGGCAAAUGUCCAAGGAUCUUCCGCCGGCGCAGGCAGUGGCGAGUUCCACGUGUACAAGGCGAGCAGACGGCGCGAGUAUGAGCGAUUGCGAAUGAUGGACGAGGAAGUGCAGGUGGAGGAGGCGGAGAAGGACUUUCAAAAGCAAAAGGAGGAGCGCGAGAGGAAGGAUCAGGAGAAGCUGGACAAGAAUCGUGCAAAGCGAGAAAAAGCGAAGCAGAGACAGCAGAAGAAGAAAGCUGGUGGAAGCGUGGAGCCUGAGGGAGAUGUCGAUGGGAAAAAGGAGGGCGGCAUCAAGAAGAAGUUCGCUCCAGCCAAGGUCCCGAACAAGACGAAUGGAGAUGAUGUGGACACGAACGGGGAUACUGGAGCAGCGGAGGAGGAGAAUGGUAUUACGAUACACGACGAUGACUGA